CACACACACACACACACACACACACACACACACACACACACACACACGUGCCCGCGCCGGCGCGCGCGCACAGUUUGUGUAGCUCGCCCACUGCGCUCCGUGUCAACAAACACCCUCCGACAUGGACGACCUGUUCAGCCCGCGACGGAGCUUGAACAGCACACAAGGAGAGAUCAGAGUGGGACCAAGUCAUCAGGCUAAACUUCCAGAAUUUCAACUACGUCCUGUCACGCUACAAACCCAGACAGAGAAUGAGGAGCUGAUGUGGUCACCAGGGGUUAAUGAUUGUGACCUUCUCAUGUACCUCAGGGCUGCCAGGAGUAUGGCAGCAUUUGCUGGGAUGUGUGAUGGUGGAUCCACAGAGGAUGGGUGCUUAGCAGCCUCCCGUGAUGAUACCACACUCAAUGCACUCAACAUGUUACAUGCCAGUCAUUAUGAUGCAGCCAAGGCUCUCCAACGUCUGGUGAAGAAGCCUCUGCCAAAACUCAUUGAGAAAUGCUGGUCUGAGGAUGAUGUGAAGCGUUUCAUCAAAGGACUGAGACAGUAUGGAAAGAAUUUUUUCCGUAUUCGAAAGGAUUUUCUACCCAGCAAAAAAACUGGAGAGCUGAUCACAUUCUAUUACCACUGGAAGAAAACCCCAGAGGCUGCAGGAACAAGAGCUUAUCGACAGCAACGCCGACAGCCAUCCUCUCGCAAAGCAAAGACUCGCUCUGCUGCAGCCGCUGUGAACACUCAGUCUCGGCCUUAUUCAAUUGCAGUGGAUUUGAGCUCUGCCAGUGAGGAUGAGCUUGACAGUGAAGACAGUGAACAGGAAAUCAAGACCUGCAAUCACUGCGGCACAACAAAUUCCAAAGAUUGGCACAUUGGGAGAAGAAAUAAGCUGCUGUUGUGCAUAGCCUGUCACACAUAUGAGAACAAACACGGUUGUCUGCCAGCAGCUCAGAAAUCUGCAGGCCCUCCAUUCAUGUUUAAACCUGUUAAAGAGGAAGAAGAGGCAAACAGCGGCAAGCAUGGCAUGAGGACACGGCGAAGCAGAGCACCUCUGUCUUCUUUAAGAAGCGGCCACAGGAGGCUUACAGGCUCUCCCACCAGUGAGGAUCAGCGGUCUAGUAGCCAGUCCUCUUCUGUGAGAACAUCUCCGACAGACAAUAAAAAUGACUCCACAAAGAAGCCAAACAAGAAGACAAAAGAGGAAGUCACAGCACCAAAGCCAACAAAACGUGUAAGGGAGAAUCGUGCUCAGGAGCCUGAUGAACCUGACAAAGUUACAUCAAAACGUCCAAAAACACAGGAUGCUCACAGGUCACGGUCAGCUGUGGAAGCAGAAGAGGAAAGCUCAUCCGAAAGUCGCAGUGUUCAGGAUGACGGCAGCAGUGACACCAAAGACAUUGAUCAAGACAACCGCAGCUCCUCUCCCAGCAUUCCCAGUCCUCAGCAGGGCAAUGAGAGUGACUCUGACUCAUCUGUUCACCCAGCUGGUGCCCCAUCAGAGACUACUGCCCAUGCUGUUAUCUUGGCUGACACACCAGUCCAACAGGCCCUCGCCUCUCAGGGCACCCUCAUUAAUCCUCAGCCACCACAAAACACCUCCUCUUCUGAUCCCACUCAGAACCCAUCUCCUCCUUCCCCAGACCCUCCUCAGUCAGUCUCUGCUCAGUCAGUUGCCACAGUAGAUCAACACAGUCAGCCACAGCCCAUGUCUCACUCCCUUUCUGGUCCAUCUCCUCUCUCAUCAGAGCUGAGCCAGGACUCUUCUCCUUUGGCAGGUUUUCAGGGUCCACCUUCUCUUAACUCUGUUUCUGCACAGCCUAUUCAGCCAUGUGGUCCAUCACCAAUGGCUUCCCAGCGAUCUCCACCCUUCUUAAGAGAGUUGCAGCUGCCACAGCCACUCCCAUCUGCUCCCCAAGUAAAGCCUCCCCCUACCACUCCAAUUCCACCUUCACACAAACAGAUACCACACCAGUCUAAUACACCUUUCCCCCAGAUGCCAUCUAAUCUCCCACCUCCUCCGGCUCUAAAACCCCUCAAUCCUCUGCCCAACCAGCACCCUCCGGGUGCUCCGCCUCCCCCUCUGCAGCUUAUGCAGCAGCCUUUGCCAGUGCACUCACUUCCAGCUCAGCCUCCUGUAAUCUGUCAGGUCGAGACCCACCCUGGGAAAAGCAUUCAUUCUGCCCACUCACCUGGCACAGGCUCACUCCCGGUUGUCACCUCUGUGACUCCAUCUGGUGUCAGCCCUGUACCCGGCCUCCAAGUGUCUUUUCCUCCCCUCUCUCUAAGACCCUCACCUAACAUGCCAGCUGCAGGAUCACAUGUUCAGAUAAAAGAAGAGCUGCUGGAUAACUUGGAUGAGCCUGACAGCCCACCAUCUCCACCCAGAAGCCCUUCUCCAGAGCCCUCCAUUGUUGACAUUGCAAGCCAUGCCAGCCAGUCUGCACGGUUUAUCAAACACUUGGAUCGUGGUUACAACUCCUGUGCCAGAACAGACCUGUUCUUCAUUCCACUUGCAUCUUCUAAGCUGGCCAAAAAAAGGGAGGAGGCCGUAGAAAGAUGCAGAAGGGAGGCUGAGCUCAGUGCUCGGCAAGAGCGUGAACGAGAGAAGGACAGAGAACGAGAAAGAGAGGCAGACAGAAAUGCUAGAGCAUCCAGCUCCUCCCAUGACAAUCGAAUGAAUGAGGUCCACAUGGCAGCUCAAAGCCACAUACGUCCCUCUUUUGAGCAACCACCCACCACUGUAGCUGCUGUUCCCCCUUACAUUGGACCGGAUACACCUGCCCUGCGGACCCUGAGUGAAUAUGCCCGCCCCCAUGUCAUGUCUCCCACCAAUCGCAACCAACCUUUCUAUGUAUCAUUGAGUCCCGGCGACCCCCUGCUGGCCUACCACAUGCCUCCUCUGUACAGUGCUGAGCCCAGCCUGAGGGAGCGUGAGCUCAGGAACCUCAGAGAGCGGGAGCUGCGGGACAGGAUGAAGCCUGGCUUUGAGGUCAAACCCCCGGAUCUGGAAACUUUACACCCCUCAGCCAACCCCAUGGAGCAUUUUGCCAGACAUGGAGCACUGGCUCUUCCCCAUAUUCCUGGGCCUCCUCACCACUUCACACCCUUCCAUCCAGGGUUUGCCCAUGUUGAGCGAGAACGGAUGGCACUGGCAGGACCUCAGCUACGCCCAGAGCUGAGUUAUGCCGAGCGGCUCACAGCAGAGCGGCUUCAUGCCGAGAGGAUGGCUUCGGUGGCAAAUGACCCGGCUGCAAGACUGCAGAUGUUAAAUGUGACACCGCAUCAUCACCAGCACUCCCACAUUCACUCUCACUUGCACCUUCAUCAACAGGAUCCCCUUAGUCAAGGUUCAAGCCCUCAUCCUCUAGUAGAUUCUAUGGCACCAGGGCCACGCUUGGCCCGAUUUCCCUUCCCUGCAGGGCCGAUCGUGAACCCUCUACUCAGUGAGAUUCCUCAUGAUCAUGAUAUUCUGCGCCACCCAUUAUUUGGAGCUGCAUAUCCGCGAGAGCUACAGGGUCCUAUUCCUCAGAUGUCUGCUGCCCACCAGCUGCAAGCCAUGCAUGCUCAAUCUGCAGAGCUGCAGAGGAUGGCAAUGGAACAGCAAUGGCUUCAUGGACAUCAUCUGCAUGGAGGCCCUCUACCUGGACAAGAAGAUUAUUACAGUCGUCUGAAGAAAGAAGGUGACAAGCCAUCUUAAACCCCAUUUGGUGCACGUCCUGAACCCUACACUAUAC